UAUAACUACAUAUAUGCGCACGCACAUGUUUAACAGUCUGAAUUUUCCCGCGUUUUUUAUCUCAUAUGAGCUCCCUGGUACCGGCAGAGAAGCAUACAAAGGUUUAUUUAUUCUCCCUCAGAGUUCGGUCGUAAUUCGGUCGGUGAAUUUUUUUUAUAUUCACUCUAUUCCAAUUUCAUUUUUCAUCAAAAAACAUUAAAAAUAUUUUAUCAAUAUUUUACGUGAUUAUUAAAUAUUCAAGUGUCUGAGAAAAUAAAAAGUUACUGCUGUUGAGUGGCUGAAAAUGUGGUUCUGGUAUAAUUGCCGCAAAUCGAGUAAUUUUUCACCUGAGAAUAAUAAUAUUUCAUAUUUGCAAUUACUGGUCAGUUGGACCUCUUAUCAAAAAUGGCUGACCUCUGAAUUUUUCUCAUAACUUAGAGGUGUCAAUUACGUAUAAAGAUUUUGAAUAGUAUUUUAUUUAAUAGAACAUUAGAUCAUAAAAAUUCUGCUCAUUAUGCCGAGGGUUAAAGGAUCACCAAAAAAAUGUGUCAAAUCCAACACACCAACUAAUUCAUGGGUUUUUCUGAUGAAAGGAGAUGGAAUAGAAGGUCCAGAUGGCAGUAUACCAGAUAUUGUAAAACUUAGACACCCAGCAUCUAAUCAACCAGCGAUGUUUCUUUUUAGUCCUGGAGAUGUAACAGUUCAAGAAGUUUUAACUGUUGAUGAAAAUAAAAGAUCUUGGUUCAUUGAUGAUAAUGUCAAAUCCGAUGGAAAAAUGCAUUUGUCAACGCCCAUUGAUCCUAUAUUUCUUGUUUUACCUUAUCUAAGAAAGUCACAAUAUGCUAUACCUAUGGAUCAGUUACUCAGAGAUGAAGAUUACCCAGAGAUUGAAAGAUUAGCUCGUUGUCAGAAUUUAAAACUUUCACUAGUUGCUGAUCGUCGUGGAGAUGAAUCGCUUCAAGCUUAUAAGUUUAAUGAAGAAAAGACGAUGUCUUGGCUGCAGAAAAAGGUUGAACGAGUUUCUGAAGUACUUAGACAAAAAGGAAUUUACGUCUCUCAAGGAGCUGUCAGUGCUACUUAUGUCAAGAGUAGUAAAAACGAAGGCGGAACUGACAGUGAAUAUUUACGAUACGCUCAUGGAAUCGUCUCAGAAUAUUUGAGUGAAGAUUUCAAAAAAUUGGCUCAGUUUCUUAAUUUACCCGAAGAAAUAGAAAAUAAUCCAAAGCGAAAACUUACUAGUCCAAAAGAUACAUCUGAUACCAAACGAGUUAAAAGUGAACAUAUGGAAUCUGAAAGUCCUCCAAAAAUGCGAGCAUUAGAUCUAACUAAAUCUGAAAAGCCACAAAAACAACCAACUAAGAAAGAACUUACUAGACAGAAAGCUGCAGCUGGAUCAAAAAGUAUUGCCAGUUAUUUGAAAAAAAAAUAAGUUAGAUAAUAAGACUGUUUGAAUGUUUUUAUUCGUGACAAUCGAUAAACCGAUUUUAUUGAUAUUUAUUAGUAAAUUACUUUGAACUGAAGGCAGCAACGAUCAUACGCAACUUAAAUAUUGUGAUGUUCUACUCUUAAACCGUAUUCUAAUCAUAAGUGAAAGUUUGCCAACUGGUUUUUGUGUAAAUAUUGUUCGUUACUUUAUUCAAAAACAACUUCAAUAUUUUGUACAGAAUUUUUUUUUAUCAUAUUACUGUCAGUGUCCUGCCAAAUUAAGCAUUCAAUUUCCAUAUUAUAUUAAUAUUAACGUUCUAUAAAAUAACUAAUUAAGGAAGUCUGAGUAUUUCGCAAUAAUCUCAAUUAAGAUGCUUCAAAUAAUGUACUUAGAAUGGUACUUAGGAUUGUCCAUUAUUUGUCUAAUGAUAAACAAAUUAAGACUUGGAAUAUUAUACUAUUAAUAUUGUUCAAUCUUUAUUAAUUACAUAAUUAUAUUAAAACAGUAAUAUAGAAAAAUUUCCGACAAUUUUUAUAGCUAUUCUGUUAUCAUUUUUUCUGAUGUUUCCGCAUCACGACAUUUGGCAUGUUGUAACUCCCUGCGGAUUUCUGGAGUAAUUGAAGGAUGAGAUUGUUUCCGUAAUAAGUCUAGUAAUGCUUCUUUUUGCUCUGAACUUAUAUCACUUUUGUAACGUUGCACAAACGUUAAGAAAGCCUGAUGCCAUAAAACUGGAAGCUCUCUGGUCUCUCUUUCAAAUCUGUAAUUAUAUGAAUUAUGUUUAAUCAUCUGCUACUUAUAUGAGUUUCACAUCAAAAUUUAUAGUGUAUUUUUAGUGUACUAUUCAAAUUCUUGAUAAAAAACAUCAAAGAUUAAACAUUGGGUUAAAAAUAAUUAACUGAAAUCGUUUUGUAGGAAACAUUUAUAGAAACAUACUUGAAAUAAAAGUGAAGUAUAACAGCAAGUUUUGCAAAAUGUCUAGGAAACAAAA